AUGAAAGAAGAAUUGUUAUUAUUGCCUAGCGAUUCUUGGACGCGAGUGAUCAUCGAGAAGCCGUUCGGUCAUGACUUGGAAUCGUCGACGAAGCUUUCUAAACAUAUCUCGAAGCUCUUCAGAGAGGAUCAAGUGUAUCGAAUAGAUCACUAUCUCGGUAAAGAAAUGGUUCAGAAUCUCAUGGUCUUAAGGUUCGGAAAUCGAUUUUUUGGGGCAUCUUGGAACAGAGACAACAUUGCUUCAGUCACCAUAACUUUUAAAGAAAAUUUUGGCACAGGAGGAAGAGCUGGCUAUUUUGAAACCGCCGGCAUCAUAAGAGACGUGAUGCAAAACCACCUAAUGCAGAUAUUAACUCUCGUUGCUAUGGAAAAGCCAGCGACUUUAAAUGCUGAAGACAUCAGGGACGAAAAGGUGAAAGUCUUGAAAGCUAUCAAGCCAGUGGAGUUGAAGGACAUGAUACUUGGUCAGUAUGUGGCCAACUCAGACUGCGAUCGUAAGUUGUUCAUUUGUUUAGUAGUUAACAUUAGAUUUUGA